CAAAGAGUGACAGAAACGAAAUGGUUCUGUGUUGGUAAAACAUAAACAUUCGGUGAACGUCUUAUUGAUUAGAUUAUGCAGUAUUCACGAGCUGAUUGGAUGGAAUCAUAUCAAUUCGAUUCCAUUGUAGAGCUAAAUUUCAAUUCAGAAGUGUAAAAAAAUGUCUGAAGAGUUUACGAAACUUCUGCUAUGGGAUACGUUUUACGACACGAUCGGCAGUCUUAAAUUGCCGCAUGUAAAUACAUUUUACAAAGAUUUGGCACUAUUUCACGAGCAGGCUGAUACGCUUGUAUAUGCUUUGGUUGUUGGGCUGUUUUUCGCAGUCGUUAGCUGGGUAUUGAGUCUGAUAACUGGAUUACAUACUUGGGUCGACAAAUGGUGGUCAAUACUACCGGUAAUCGUUGCGUUACAUUUCUCAACCCAUGACUGUUUGUAUCAAUCAUCAGGAGACCAUCCAUUGAACAGUCGUCUAUGGCUAGUCACAUUGUUGAUUUGCUUAUGGGGUGCGAGACUCACAUACAAUUUCAAUCGCAAGGGCGGUUAUUCGAAUGGAUUCGUCGACUACCGUUGGACAUAUCUGCAAAUUAGAGUACCGUCAAAGGCAUUCUUUUUCAUAUUCAACAUAGUUUUCAUCUGCCUGUACCAGAACGUUUUGCUUGUGCUACUAGCCGUACCACUUUAUGUCAUUGAGCAAGCGGCACACCUAAAGCCGGUUCCAUUAAAUUGGAUCGAUGCUGUAGCAACGGCAGGAUUUAUUGGGUGUUUAGUAGUGGAAACGGUAGCUGAUAAUCAGCAGUGGGCGUUUUAUGAGCAAAGGAGAAAGGCAAUUGAAAGCAAGAAAAAAGUAACCGGUGACCUCAAACGCGGUUUUCUGAGCCAUGGGCUUUUUCGGUAUAGUCGGCACCCAAACUUUUUCGGGGAAAUGGGUAUUUGGUGGUUCGUGUAUUUAUAUUCAGUUGCGGCCACAUAUCCGGUUCACGUUCAAUGGAUCAAUCCGACCAUAAUUGGUACGAUUUUGCUUACGUUGCUGUUUCAGGGAUCAACAGCACUAACAGAGUUUUUGAGUAGUUCCAAAUAUCCGGCUUACAAGCAAUAUCAACGGACAACGUCUCGAUUCAUUCCGUUGUUCGCUGGUCAACCAUUAGACUAAAUAGCCGAAAGAAAUCAGCUUGUUAUGCGUAGUUGUAAUUGAUUGAUUAAAAGCGUCGGUUAAGUUUACGUCA